UUUUUCUCUAUAGCCAUUCUCUCUCAGUUCUCUCUCUAAGCUCUUCUCUUCCAUUCAAAACAUUUCCAUUUUGAGGCAGUGUGACAUCAUUUCAAACCUUGUAUUAACUUCUUUGUGUUUCCUCCAAAGGGUAAACCAGCUUUUCUUUAAAACAUCAGAGCAACUUAGAGAACAAGAACUAGAACACGAAAGCAAAAGAAGAGGAAGAAGCAGUGGUGUGGGGGUGGUGCUGUGAAGUAAGGGAGAGAGAGAGGGAGAACAAGAGAGAGAUUUUUAGUUCUCUAAGAGCACUAGUGUUCUCUUCUAAGAAGAGAAGGGGUGUGGGGGGGUGGGUUUUAGCCAAGUGAUGCGAACAGGAGCUUGUACAGUACAGCAGACCCUCACAUCAGAGGCUGCUUCAGUCUUGAAGCACUCUCUGGGCUUAGCCAGGAGGAGAGGCCAUGCUCAGGUCACUCCUCUCCAUGUGGCUUCCACUUUGCUCACCCCAAGUCCUAGACCAAGUCUCCUAAAGAGAGCUUGUCUCAAAUCUCAACCCCAAACUAACAGCAAUUCCCAUCCUCUACAGUAUUGUAGAGCUCUUGAGCUUUGCUUCAAUGUGGCUCUAAACAGGCUUCCUACAACACCUGGUCCUCUCCUUCAAACCCAACCUUCUCUCUCAAAUGCUCUCAUUGCAGCUCUCAAAAGAGCUCAAGCUCACCAGAGAAGAGGCUGCAUAGAACAACAACAACAGCAGCAACAGCAACAGCCUCUUUUGGCUAUCAAGGUAGAGCUUGAGCAGCUUAUUUUGUCUAUCUUAGAUGACCCUAGUGUUAGUAGGGUUAUGAGAGAAGCUGGGUUCUCUAGCACAGCUGUGAAGAACAACCUAGAAGACUCUUCUUCCUCAGCUUCUUCUGUGUUUCAGUGUUACAGUACUAUCUCUGGUUGUGGUGGUGGUGGUGGUGGAGUUUACUCGUCUCCUUGCUCUCCUUCUCAUCAACCAAACAACAGUUUCUGGAAAGCCCAUUUGCUGAGUUACAAUUCUGAGUCUAACCCACUUUUCUUUUCCCCUCAAAACCAAAAGAAACUCAACAACCCACUUCUGGGUCUCACAGAUUCAGAAGAUAUCAAGUUGGUUUUUGAGGUCUUGUUGAGGAAGAAAAGAAGGAACACUGUGAUAGUCGGUGACUCUGUGUCCAUCACUGAAGGGCUUGUUGGAGAAGUAAUGGCUAAGAUAGAGAAAGGAGAUGUACCUUAUGACGAAUUGAAAUCAACUCAUUUUAUAAAAUUUCAGUUCUCAUCAGUACCUUUGAGGUUCAUGAGGAGAGAAGAGGUGGAGAUGAACCUAUCAGACCUGAAAAGAAAGGUUGAUUCUCUGAUUGCAUCAGGAAAAGGGGGUGUGAUUAUCUAUACAGGAGACUUAAAAUGGACAGUUGAAGACUCAACAAGAACAGUAGUUGUAGCUAGUGAUGAUUAUAAUUAUGUUUAUAAUCCAGUUGAUCAUCUAGUUGCAGAGAUAGGAAGGUUGAUUUCUGAUUACAGCAAUUCAAACACAAAGGUUUGGUUAAUGGCUACUGCAAAUUAUCAAACCUAUAUGAGGUGUCAGAUGAAGCAACCUUCUCUUGAGAUCCAAUGGUCACUCCAAGCUGUUUCUGUUCCAUCUGGUGGACUUGGUUUGAGUCUCCAUGGCCAUGCUACUACUACUAGUGUUGUCCAUGAGUCAAGGAUAAGUAGCUUUUCACAAAACCCAUCAAAAGUAGUGCUGGAAACAAAGGCCUUUUCUGGGAAGGAGGAAGACGAUGAUAAUUAUAAUAAGCUCACAUGCUGUGUAGAGUGCACCUCCAAAUAUGAAAAGGAAGCUCAAGCUCAUGGGUUGAUCAAGUCUGCUCACCACAAAAGUUCACUUUAUUUAAGCACUUCUAAUUGUGGUGACACCAAAGGCAUGGACAAAACUUCUUCAACCCAAUUGCCUUGCUGGCUACAAUCACAUGCCAAGGAUGAAUUGGUUGAAUUGAGGAGAAAAUGGAACAGAUUGUGCCACAGCCAACACCAACAAGGCAGGCAUAACCAGAACCUAGCACUGGAAGGUUCAAUUUCAAUUAACAAUCAAAGCUUAUCUGCAAAGACCUACAACUAUAAUACAUCAUCAUCAACAUCACCCUCAUAUCCAUGGUGGCCUAAUCCAAACAACAACAACGUAUUCCCAGACUCGAAUUCAAUCUCAUUCGUCAAUUCAACGUUGAAGCCUAGCCGCAAUGCCAGUUCUUUUCCCCGUUUCAGACGCCAAAAUUCGUGUCAUAUUGAGUUCAGUUUCGGCAAUGAAAGGAACAGCCAAAAACACCAAUCUGUGGAACAACCAAACUUGGAUUCUCUCAAGAACACUACACAAGGCAAGGAAGUCAAGAUCACGCUUGCUCUCGGUAAUUGUCAGUUCUCAGAUCCUAUUGGAAAAUUAGCAGAUAGGAAAGCUGAGAUAUGCAAACAGUUACAAGACAACGUGCCAUGGCAAUUCGAAACCAUUUCUUCAAUAGUUGAAGCCUUGAUUGAAUUUGAAUCCAAUUCCAAACCAAUCAAUUGGUUACUGAUCCAGGGUAGUGAUUCUAUUGGAAAAAGGAGAUUGGCAAGAGGAAUUGCAGAGUUGGUUUUUGGGUCUGCUGAUUUGAUCCUCCACAUGAAAAUGAGAGAAAGAUACGGUAAAAAGAUGAGUCCGUGCUGUGGAAAAUUGGAAAGGGCUUUAAGUGAUCAUGAAAAAAUUGUUGUUUUGUUGGAAGAUGUUGAUUUUGCUGAUACCCAGUUCAUGAAAUUUCUUGCUGAUGGAUUCGAAACUGGAAAAAUCGGAGAGAAUCAAGCAAUAAUCAUCCUAACAAAGGGUGAUUCAGAUUCUACAUGCUAUGGAGAUGAUGCAGAGGAGGACCCCAAUUUUGUAACCCAGAUCAAAUUGGAGGUGAGUGAAACAAUUCCCAACUCUUCUGAUGAUAAAAAGAGGAAAGCUGAGUGGGAUUUGUCAAACAAGGCCAAAAGUCCGAGAAUCGAGGAGAGGGAAAAUUUUGCAUAUUCAAUCAAAAAAGAGUUCACAAGGCAGUCGAGCUCGAACACCCUUGACUUGAACAUCAAAGCUGAUGAUGAUAACGACAAUGACGAUGAUGAUGAAGAAGACGCCAAAUUAGCAAGAGAUUUGAGCCCAAUUUCAAGCGAUUUGACACGUGAAAUGGGGAAUGAUAUUCAAAACCCACAUGGGUUUCUUGAAUUGAUCAAGAACCGGUUCGUUUUCAAUCGGGAUUCGACUCAUGAUAAGCUCAUAAAAGAGGUGGUUUUGUCAAAGAUCAAAGGGUGUUUUGAUGCUGAAGGUGAUUUGGGAGGUUGUUUUUUAUUUAGUGGUGUGGAAGAGAAGUUGCUAGAGGAGUUGUUAAUUGGGUCUGGGACUUUCCUCAACAGUCUUUUUGAAAAGUGGUUGAAAGAAGUCUUUCAAAGGAGCUUGCAAAUGGUCAAAAUUGGCGGGAAGGAGAAAUUGGUUAGUGUUAGGCUCUGUUUGGGUAGGAAAGGAGGAGAGAGUAGUGAUGGAUUCAUGGGCUCAAGCCUCCCAAAGAAAAUCCAAGUUUCUUUCAUUGGUUGAGAGGGGUAUAUUGUAAAUGCAAAAUCUUCCAAUUAUCCUUAUGUAACUUUCAAUGUUCUUAAUAGAAUGUCUUUUCCUUUUUCUUCC